AACCCGAUAUUGACAAUGGAAUUAAUGCUCAAACCAGAUCAGAAAUUUCUUUUACCUCAUCGGAAGAUUCAAAAGACGCAUCGGCCCCAUCAAUCUUGAAUAUGUCUACCAGUCCACAAGCAAAAACGUCUACUGCCGCUGCCCAAAGGCAAAAAUGA